AUGGCAUUAUUUUUGACUUGCAUUAUUACUUCUGUCAGUAGCAUUCGAAAUCCUGGAGAUGUCUUAGCAACGCACAAUGGACUGAUUCACAAAAUUCAGCUGAAAUCAACAUUUCCAUUAAAGGAAACCAUGGGACCUAGUCUAGAACUAGCCCUCGCAAGUUGUCAAGAAGGCUUUAAAUGGGAUCGAUGGAACUGCCCCAGUACGGAUUUUCUAUCAAAACGAAACUCAAAACAUUUGGAUCGGGAAAGUGCUUACGUUGUUACAAUAACGACAGCUGCUCUUCUCUACACCAUAACCAAGAAUUGUUCUUCCGGCGGAAUUCCAGGAUGUGGAUGUGCAGAAGAUACAAAUAAUCAAUUUGCUAAAUGUUCCGAUGAUACCGACUAUGCUGAGCAAGUAGUUGGAACAAUUUUGAACAACUCACAGGAAGACAGUUUAGACGUUCAAGCUUAUGCUGUGUUACACAAUAAUAGAGCAGCAAAAAUUGCAGUUCGACAGUCAAUGCGACGGUAUUGCCGCUGCGAAGACGAUUUGCUUGCAUGCAAUGAAAAUAAGUGUUGGCAUUCACUUAGACCUUUUGCUGACAUAGCGAAUAAAGUGAGAAAAAUGUAUGACAAUGCGUUAGUAGUAAAUGCUGACAAUUCAGGAACUGUCAACUGGAAACACAUCCCGGAGGAUGUUUUGGUUUAUGUUGAUGACUCUCCAAAUUACUGUAAUAUUAAUGCUAUUCCUGGAUGGACCGGAAUGCGUGGGCGACAGUGUUCCAGAGAAAAAGGUAGACAUGUCAGCGCACAGGAGAAACAAUCUUGCCGAAAUCUUUGUCGAUCCUGCGGACUUAGGACUCGUGGACAAGCAGUGGUAGUGAAAAAACGUUGUAAUUGCAGGUUUUCAUGGUGUUGCGAAGUCAAGUGCGAGAUAUGUGUCAGUGUAGAAAAGCAACAUUAUUGUGAUUAA